UUGAGCCCUCGCCAAACCGUUUAUAAACAGAGACAUAAAACCCCCUGGGCCUCACCGUCGACGAUUACCACAUGCACGCCUCACGCCUGCAAUUCGCAACCCAAACAAGCCCAGUAGCCAACCCUAACCGACACCACCAUCAGCGACUUAAAGCCCACCACUUCAGUGACGUUGCAGUUAAUGGGCUCCGUCAAUGGAGCUCUUCCGCUCCGAGAGGACUUGUGGAGUGACGACGCCACACACACGCUCAUCGAGGCAUGGGGAGAACGUUAUAUCGCCGUAAAUCGCGGCAACGUCCGUCAGAACCAGUGGCAGGAGAUCGCCGACACCGUCAACAACUACGUUAGCAGUUGCCGCCGUCGCAGAGGCCUCGUCACCACGAAUGAGACCGCCCGUACGGACGUCCAGUGCAGGAACCGCAUCGAUACCCUCAAGAAGAAGCACAAGACGGAGAAGGCUAGGGUUCUUGACUCCAACGGAGCGUAUAUCAGUCCAUGGCCUUUCUUCGCGCGCCUCGACGAUCUCCUAGGGACUAGUUUCCCGGCCAGCUCAACGCGGUCAACCGACCGGAGACCGUCCCCGCCGGCGUGGUCAUUUUCUCCGGUGCCGGUCGGUCCAAGAUCGGGUGCAAAGAAACGGACGGCGCAGAUGAAAACUCCUGCGGGCUUGGCUGACAAUGGCUCGCUCUUCCGCCGGAGUUCCUCAACGUUUAGUGCCUUCGCGGCGGCGGCGAUCGAGGCGGAAGGUUCCGAUGGGUCGAGGUCAGGAAGUCGGAGAAGGGAGAAGACGCGAGACACAGAUUAUUGUAAGAAAGAUGGAUACAGGGAGCUUGCAGAAGCUAUAGAGAAGCUUGGCGACAUGUACGAGAGAGUAGAGAGCGAGAAGCAGAGACAGAUGAUAGAGUUGGAGAAGCACAGGAUGCUGUUUGCUAAGGAACUGGAGGUCCAUAGAAUGCAGCUCUUUGUAGACGCCCAGGUCCAGUUUCAGAAGAUUAAGCGCCAUAAGAGAGACAACGGAGUCGGUGAGAGGCUUCUCCAUGACCAAAUUUUGAUUCUUUCUACCUUUAUUUCGGAUGAUCUGAUUAUGGCUUUGUUUUCUCGUAGAAUUUGAUAGUGAUUUCAUCAAUAUAUUUGACUUUGGUUUCCUUUAUUUAGUGUUCUGAAUAUGUGAUAUUUGGAUGGAUUGGCUUGGUAUUAGUGGACGAGGGCUCAGAGUUCCUGCUUUUUUUGUUAUACAAUUUGAGGAUAAAAGGGAUUCUUUUAAUUGUAAAUAAAUGAAUGUGCGUGCAAACAG